AUUCAUUCGAGGAUUGGACAGCACUAAGCUGCCUGGAGAACCAUGGCGGUGAAACAAAUGACAUGGUUGGAUAACUAAAUCGCACACAGUACAAGAACCGGCGCUCGCCCACUAUGAGAUGUUCGUGAAGAUGAGCGCGGGGAUUCCAUGCAAUGUGUCAUAGGAACUAGGAAGAGCUCAUGGCAUUGUCCGAUUAAGGAUAAAGGACCGGACCUAAAUAUUUACAUUGAAAGUGGAGCUUUUGAAAGUCCGCAAAAAUGAUCAAAGCCGAGAGCAAAGGUGAACGCAACUUGAGGAGCGCCUCUCCGCAUAGAAACGCUUACAAGUCUGACUUCCACGCCAUUAAGUGCUCCUUUGAUGGGACCAAAGCCGACAGCGCGACCAAAUCUUAUGCUAAUGGCUCCAGUGACCCCCGGGAGGAUACAAGAGGGCGGCCGUGUGGAAACCGGGUGAACAAAAUCAAGAAUAUCUUCCUGCAGAUGGACAGUCAGCAGCAGGAGAGUCCGGAGGCCAAACCGGCUCUGAAAACGGAUGUUGUAUCUCCCGUGUCCCCCGUGUCUAAGUUUCCAGUUAGCACCAGCAAAACCUGCCUCAGCAGUGCUAACAACCAAGAGCCACAAAACACAGACAGAACUCCUCAGGGAGAGGAAGUCGAGAUAGAUAAAGCUGCCCUUGCGGAGAAAUUUUCAGUGACCAGAAAGCUCUUUGAAAGAGGGAUAAAAGAGCAGUCCUCCGCGGAGAGGCCAGUGCCCGGCAGAGUUUCUGUUCGGCUUUCCCAGGGGAAGGUGUCUGAAGAGGGGCGUGGGGGCCGGAGAUCCUAUGGGUCUUCUGAAAGUAGCAGCAAUGACAGUGUUGUAAAAAGCCCAACGUCACCUGUGAGGAUUGUCCCAGAAAAAAAGAGGGACGUUGAGGACUCAAAGCAGGUCAGUAAAUUAUCGCUUAACGCGGGUCCUAUUUCCAGGCGUUUGGAGAGCUUUGCCACGGAUAGUGACAAUGAGGACUCGAUACAACCCUCAGUUAAAAGCCCUAAGAAAGUGAGCAGUCCCACUAGGGGAUCUCUUACGUCACCUCUACGAGGGGUGUCUCAAAAAUCCACCUCUCCUGAUACUGAUCCCAUGCACAAAUUUGUGGUCCCAAGCUCUGACAGCUCUUCUGAACCCUUAUCACCUAAAUCAGACCUAAUACAAUCUUCAGUGAUUGAUAGUGCUACAGCCAAACCCACAAGCCCUGUUUCUCUAGUAUCGUACAAACCGACCUCCCCGACCGGCAGGGAAUCGAGCGAGCCGCUCUCUCCAAUCAAACGCUCUCCGCCGACCCAACCUGAUAGUCCUCAAUCGAGGGACCUUAAGACUUCACCCAUAACAAACAGUUUUCAGAAGAGGACCAGGAGCUCAGAUGAACCCAAAAAUGAGAAAAUAACUCGAAGCCCAUCUAGGGAUGUAGCUCCUGAGCAGUCUCAAAUGUGCCUGGACGGCACUAAGGCCGGAGUGGUUCGGGCAGAGCUGGUAGUGGUCCAGAAUGAGUCUUCGGAAAGUGAGGAGAACGAAGAAGAGUUUUUGGAGGAUGUUUUUAUAGAGGUGAAACAACAAAGGGAACCCAAAUCUGAGUUACCAAGAGACGAUGUAAUUGAUGCUCCGAAGAUCUUGUCAUCUCAGAACGGUACAGAGGAAAAACAGAAGGAGAAUGAGGUGUGUUUGACCAAAGAGCUGAAGAAAGAGGAACCAAAUGAAGAAAAUGAUGAAGAAGAUAUUCAGCAUGAAGAGAGUAAUUCUCAUGAAGAUGAUGAUGAUGAUGAUGAUAGUGAGCAAGAAGAUCCAGAUGAAUUUGGAAAAACAUCACCUGUCUUUUACAGUUUUGAGAAUGCUGCAUUUUUGGAUGAUAACGAAGGAGAAACGGUUCAAAACCAAGAGCAGGAUGAGGAUGAUGAGAAUGAAGAUGUCUAUGAGGAAUAUGAUGAAGUUCCUGGUCUGUCUGAGGAAGAGGAUCGGUCUACGAGGAGGAAAAUUAGAUUCUCCACUGAACCUAUUCGGGUGUACAGCACAUUCUCAAAUGAGGAUUACGACCGGAGGAACGAUGACGUGGAUCCCGUGGCCGCAUCUGCGGAGUACGAGCUGGAGAAACGGGUGGAGAAGAUGGACGUGUUUCCUGUGGAGAUAGAGAAAGGUGAUAAAGGGCUGGGGAUCAGUAUUAUAGGGAUGGGUGUUGGAGCGGACCAGGGUCUGGAAAAACUUGGCAUCUUUGUUAAGACCAUCACUGAAGACGGAGCUGCGGAGAGAGACGGAAGGAUUCAGGUGAAUGAUCAGAUUGUGGAGGUGGAUGGCAUCAGUCUGGUUGGUGUGACACAACUCUUUGCUGCGACCAUCCUCAAGAACACAAAGGGAUCUGUCAGGUUUCUGAUUGGCCGAGAGAAGCCAGGUGUUCAGAGUGAGGUGGCACGGCUGAUCAGUGAGACUCUGGAGCAGGAACGACAUCAGAUGCAGCAGGUGGAUGAGCAGUCCACAGAAGAGGACGAGCACUACGAAGAUGAGGAGGAGGAAGGAGGAGAGGAGGGGAUCUUGGGUUCGAGUUUCAGCGGGAGGUCCGUGGAAGUGUACGAUCUGCCCGAGAGCGAGGAAAUGUUCCUUCCUUCAAACAUGGACGCCGCUCAGCUGAAUUUUAGAUUCAAAGAGCUCCAGAUAAAACACAGCAUUGCAGAAGCUGAAGUAGAAGAACUUAGAGAGAGGUUGAGAGGGUUGGAGGAGGAGCGAGCAGCGUUGGAGGCGAAAGAAGCUCAGUCACAGCGGAGCGUUCAGGAGAACUCGGAGAGAAUCGCUCAGAUGGAGAAGAACUGGCUGGAGGCUCAGGGUCUCUGUAAAACCAUCAAUGAGCAACUCAGUGAAACGCAGAGCCAAUAUGAAGCACUGGAUAAAAAAUACAGCAAAGCAAAGAAACUCAUCAAAGACUUUCAGCAGAAGGAGGCGGAGUUUGAGCAGAGGGAGGAGGAGCUAAAGAGAGCUUUAGAGGAAAAAGAGGUCAUAUUUAAAGCUCAGAUUGAGGAUCUACAGCGGAGGUUGGCAAAGCUUGAAUCUAACAGUGGUCAUAAUGAACCUUUACUGUCAGGCAGCAAGUCUGCAGAUUCACUUCUGCUCGGAGUGGAUUGGAGCGAGGUGGUUCCUGAGACGGAGCUCUUGGAUACCAGCGCCCAUCGUGCCAAAGCUCAGCUGGCCCAGAGAACCAAACGACAGCCGCCAACCCGCAGUAAACUGAAAGAAACGCUCAGUUCUCCAACAGAACCUGCACAGGAUGGUACUGGGUGUGAAUCCACGAGUCCUGAAACUCCUCCAGCUCGUAGGAGAUCAUUCCAGGAGAGUUUAUUCUUGCCAGUGACCCUAUCCUCCUCUGCCAAUUCCCCAAAGGAAGAUGUGGUCUCUUCUGUGGCCAGCAGUAGCCAAUCCGUGCAAAAGGAUUCACAGAGCCCCGCCCUCUCAUCGCCCAAAGACUCCUCCCCCUCCAGCUUCCUCCGCAAUGUAAAGAAGAGAGAGUCCAAGGGCAAGGGCAAGGAAAUCAAAGAGGAAUCUAAUGAUGUGGCAGGAAAAACCAAACGAAGAUUCCCAGAUUUUGGUGGCUUAAGGAAGUCUGGUGGAAAAGGAAAGAAACAAAAUAAAGAAUCUAUGAGGGCAUCGCUGGACAGCAGAGGUUCAGCAGAGUUGUUGGAUGAGCCGGGGGUUCGAGUCUCCCCCUCAGAGUCCAUGACCUCCAUCCCCACCUGUAUGCCGUUCUCCUGGUUUGGAGACAAGGACAAAGAGAAAGAUAGGGCGUCCUCUUCAUCCAGCAGUCUCCCAUACACCACCGCAGACCACAGCGAACACACGCCCAACUCUAAAAACAAGACGAACCUGUCGUGGUCUUCUCUGUUCAGUCGCUCCUUAGAUUUGAGUUUGUCAGUGCUAGAUGAUUCAAACCCCAGCAGUCCUGCUUCAGAUUUGUCUGGGCUGGUGGUGGAGCCCAGCCUGUCAGGUCGCUCACACACAUUAACCUUCUCAUCCACCGAGAUGCUGGACGACGACUCGAGCUCUGCAGGGAAGGACUAUCAGUGGCAGAAUCGGCCGGUGUCUGAUUGGACGUCUCAGCAGGUGUGUCAUUGGCUGAUGGGCAUGAACAUGGAUCAGUACACACCAGAGUUCAGCACGCAGUCCAUCGACGGACAGCAGCUGUUAAACCUGGACAGUGACAGACUCAAGGCUCUCGGUGUGUCCAGUCAAAACGACCGUGCCACCAUCAAGAAGAAACUGAAGGAGAUGAAGAAAGCUCAGGAGAAGAUGGAGAAACAGCGCGAGAAGCGAGAUAAAGAGGCCAGACGGAGCGGACGGCUGCCUGCCAGUACUGACUCGCUAUGCUGAUGAUCAUUCAUCUCUCUCUUAUCUUUUUACUGUUGGGCACACAUCAACUAUACACAAGUUACAUCAACUAAACCAAUACUGUACUUGCGUGACAAAUCCUGUCAGCGAUCAGUAACUUUAUUAAUAACCUGUCUCAUCUUAAUGCUAAAACAUUAAGCUCAUUAUCAAACCCUAAGCUUCAGUACAUUUGUCUUGACCACUAUUGAACAGGUUAUAGGUUUGACCCGUGUGUCUUUAUAACCACUCUCACUACAGCUUUAAUAUCACCUGAAUGUGUGUUCAUCUGAGACUAUGAGAUAUGUUUACUGAAUAUGACCAUCUUUCAUCCCAUUCCCUUAUGGGUAAGAGUUUUUUUUUGUUUGUUUGUUUAUUACACUAGCUUGUAUGAUGGCUCGGGUGAAUAUUCUGCCGUCCAACCUAUAGCAGGCCAAACAAAAAUGUUAUUAGUUUUAAUUUUCUUUUAUAAUUCAACCACUGUAGGGGCUAUAAAACACUACACAGCUAUUUUUAUGAUUAAAUAUAGUUAAACGCCUAUUUUCACAACUUUGCCGCUAAUAUUGCGGCACGAAUAGUGCUUUUAAAAUAUUUUAUAUAGUAUAUUUUUAGGCCUGUAGUGCCGAUUGGAUCAUUUUGCUGGAUUUACUUUGUACAGUUGCGUAAUAUGAGCACUAUAUUUUUACUGAAACAUAUAAGUGGGGCAUGGUUUAUAAAUGUACAAAUGAAAUGUUUUAUACACGUUUAUUAAUUGGAAUCUAACUUUUUCUACUAAGUAGAAUAGCUGACUGGUUAAAACCGUUUUGCUUAUUCUAAAAUACGGAGUAAAACUCACAUUCAUGCGUCUGCGAUUGAAGAAUACAUUGUUUCUUGUUUAUUUGGACAAUUACGACUUGUAUAUCACGAAAACGGCACCUGCAUAGAUUAUUACUAUAUAUAACAUAGUUUUAUAAGUAACCGUGGCCAAAAGUGUAUUUCACUGACGGUGUGUAAUGAAUUGAAAUAGUUGAUCGUCAUCUGAUUGUAAGCUUUGUUUAUUUGUGCUUAUGUCAUCAUCAUGAUGUAUUUUUCUACUUUGUAAAAUAGAUGAUUUUGGACAGAACGACUUAUUAAAACUCAAAUCAAACUUUCUACCUGGUACAAAAAUGUCUAAGCUGCAAAUUAAAUGCUUUCAACGAUCUAACAA